GUCUCAGACCCCCGCAUUUUAGGGUUCUGAAGAGCUCUUGAGCUUGUCGCACUUGAAACAAAGAUGACCAUCGAAUGUCUCGUCCUAGGCGCGGGACAAGAGGUGGGGAAGAGCUGCGUGGUGGUUUCGAUUGGUGGCAGAAGGAUCAUGUUUGACUGCGGAAUGCACAUGGGCUACCUUGACAACCGCCGCUAUCCCGACUUCUCCCGAAUCUCCGAGUCUGGAGAUUUCAACGCUGCCCUCACUUGCAUCGUUAUCACCCAUUUCCAUCUUGAUCACGUUGGAGCCCUUCCAUACUUUACAGAACUCUGUGGGUACAACGGACCUAUCUACAUGACUUAUCCAACAAAGGCUUUGGCCCCAUUGAUGUUAGAAGAUUAUCGGAAAGUGAUGGUAGAGCGAAGGGGAGAGGAAGAACAAUUUAGCUUUGAUCAUAUUGUGGACUGUAUGAAAAAAGUCACGGCUAUUGACUUGAAGCAAGUUAUACAAGUUGAUAAAGAUCUCAGCAUCUGUGCUUACUAUGCUGGUCAUGUACUUGGAGCCGCAAUGAUUUAUGCAAAGGUUGGGGAUAAUGCUAUGGUAUAUACUGGAGAUUAUAACAUGACACCUGAUAGACAUUUAGGAGCAGCUCAGAUUGAUCGAUUAGAGUUGGACCUUCUUAUAACAGAAUCUACUUAUGCAACAACAAUUCGUGAUUCAAAGUAUGCUCGGGAAAGGGAAUUCUUAAAAGCUGUUCACAAAUGCGUUGAUGCUGGUGGUAAAGUUCUCAUUCCAACAUUUGCUUUAGGGAGAGCACAGGAACUUUGUCUGUUGUUGGACGAUUAUUGGGAACGCAUGAACUUAAAGGUUCCUAUCUAUUUUUCAGCCGGAUUAACAAUUCAAGCAAAUAUGUACUACAAAAUGCUUAUUGGAUGGACUAGCCAAAAGAUUAAGGAGGCUUAUGGAACACGCAAUGCAUUUGACUUCAAACAUGAUUGGUUUAACUCCUUGUGGUUAGCUUAUGAGAAACCAAACUUGUGUGUAGAUUUGGCAGAAUGGUUUUCCAAAAUAAAUGGAAUCCUUUGUCACGGUCAGGUAAUCAAAUUGGUCUUAAUUUGGUUUUAUAUCUCGGUAGUUUUCGUUUCCAACUCCCGAUUAAAAGAAAUAAUUCUAUAUUUAAGCCUCCAAGUUGGAAAAUUUUGCUACUGUGUUGCUGGAACAGUGGGGCAUAAACUUAUGUCCGGUAAACCUACUCGGAUUGAUUUGGACAAAGAUACUUGCAUUGACGUCCGAUGCCAGAUCCAUCAGAUGUCUUUCAGCCCUCACACUGAUGCAAAGGGUAUCAUGGAUCUCCUUAGCUUUUUAUCUCCAAAACAUGUCAUACUUGUACAUGGAGAGAAGCCUAAGAUGGCAAUAUUGAAAGGAAGAAUAGAGUCUGAACUUGGAAUUCCUUGUUUUUAUCCAGCAAACAAUGAGGCUGUAUCUGUUCCUGCCAGACAAACUAUAAGAGUUGAUGUUACCAAAUCAUUCUUAAGAAAUCAUUUUAAUCGAAACUUUAACCGAUCAAAGCAUGAACUGCUUUGCGUUUCAGAUACCAUUAUCAAUCAUGAAGAGAUCUCAGAAAUUUGCAGUAAUGAAGGAAUAGCUGAAGGCAUUCUUUUGAUGGAGAAGAACAAGAUAGCAAAGAUUGUUUCUGAAAAUGACCUUCUUCACACAUUGGAUGCAAAGAAGCAUACGGUUCAGCUGGCUUUCUGCUGCCCGGUCAAAGUAAAGAACAGCCUGCAAUCACUAGACUUCUCUACUGGAGGAACCAAACCUCUCCCAGGAGAAUCUAAUUCCGAACCAAAUCCCCCCCAGCCUGGAAAAUUAUUACGUGCGGCGUCCGGAUUCGCCUCCGAACGAAUCCGGACGCACCAUGUCACCCAAGGCCCAGUGCAUCUGAGUGACAUAGCGCAUCCGGAUUCGCCUCUGGACGGUCCGGACACCGCACCUAAUAAUCUCUCCCAGCCUUCAGAAAUGAACGCCUCAUUUGAAACACCUUUUCAUUCUUUACUAGAGUUACUAUCAAGGGAGUUUGAAUCCAAAAUUGAUUGCUGCAAUAUCCAGAAAACUUUUGAUCAUCUCCGGUUGAAAUCAUUUCAGGCUCGAAUUUGUUUGAAUGAUCUUUGUUCCUACAGGAUCCAGCAGGGGCAAAGUGACUGUAAAACUGAAACUUUCUUCUGCUGUAGCUGGUCAUUAAGUGAUGAUAUUCUGGCCAGAAAGCUUCUUGGUAUCAUGAGAGAGGUGGAGCUAGACAUCUCCAAUAUAGCAUUUCUAUUACCAGAUCAAGCAAGUGAGCAUAUGGAAAUGUAAAAUAUCAUUUAUUCUCCCCUGGUCUACUUCCCAAACAAGUGAGUACUAUUUCUACCAGCUUAUUCUUAGAAGUUAUUGGCUGUUUAACUAUUUUUUUAAAAGUGUUUGCUUUUAUGUUUUAAAAUUACUUUUGUUGGGAUGUUAGAUCUCAUCUCUUCUUUUUAUUAAAUGAAUUUAACGAUCA